CCAAUAUCAGUUUUCAGUUGUCCAAGUAGUUCCAUAGUCUGGUACUUCAUGUAUCAGAGGUAUUUAGAGCAGUUCAGGUCUCCGUGCUCUUAUAUAUCUGAUCCAUUUCGACCAACAUCUCUUAAAUGUCCCUGACUGUAGUCUCAGAGCAAAUAUCAGUCUCUCCAUCAUGUAAAUUUCAUGAACAGUUCCUUGCCAGUGUCGGUGAGUUGGGUUGUAACCACUUCCUUGUUAAAAUCUUUUUUGUUGCUGAUUUCAACCAAAAUAUGCAAGAAAGGCGAGAGGAAGCGUGCCGUGGCUGCGACCGGGUGUAGUAUGAGAGUGUGUGUGUGUGUGUGUGUGUUUGUGCUGAGUGGGGCUGUUUGCUGAAUCCUCUUGGCUCUCUCUCCUCGUGCCCGCACACAGUGCUCACUGGCAGCCGGGCGUACAGGCAGGGCAGCGUGUGCCAACACAGCUGCCUAUUGAGAGGCAGCGUUACGGACACAAUGUGAGCGACAGACUUGCUGUAUCAACAGCUCCCCCUUUUCUGCUGUUGUGGCCAGAAAUAAACCAUAAAUACCCCCCCUGUCUCUGUCCGCUAAUGGCUCAACCCCACCAAACACCAAGUGGCACUGAAACAGAGGGACACUACCACUUCUUAGCAGGCAAACCCAGGUAAAGUCGUCACGCUGGACACCACAGUAACAGAGAGUGUAAUAAAAACCAAUGCAAUGGAGUUAGAGGGUGCGGCAGCCAGUGAAGACCCAGGUUUGGAGGCUUUUUGUUUCAUUUCAUUGACUGAAAGAAUAAGUUUGAGUUACAUGAUGAGCCUGUAAUCUUUUCCAUGGAGUUAAUAGAGCUGUCUUUAACAGUCUGUAGGGGAUUAUUGCUUCUGCUAAAGGGGUGAGGUAUGAGUUACCACUCUGACAUUGAGCUUUCCUUCCCCUGUGUGCAUAUCGACAUCUGCAUGCCGUGAUGGAUGGUGUUCUGUCUGUGUGUGUUUGUGUGUGUGUGUUUCUGCCAAAAAGUGGAGGAGCAGUGGAGCAUGUCAGAGCAGCAGAGCGCCUCGGAGCAGCUGGCAGCUGGGAAGAGCCAGGGUGGAGCUGGAGCCACGUAUAAGGUACCUGUGUGCAGAGAUAGAUCGCUUACUGUGUCACAUAGAUGCACACCUGGAGGAGACCUGACCAUGCAGACUUGUCAUCAGAUAUCAGGGGGUUAGGAUUUUGUUGGAGGUUCUGGAGUAUCUUGGAGUGUUCAGGUGUGAUGCUCUAUGUUUGUGUACCUUCAUAAGAGCGUCUGUGUGUUUGCUUUAGGUGGCUGUGUUUCAGUUCGAGAACUUCCAAGGAUGCAAAGCAGAGUUUACCUCCGAGUGUAAAGAUGUGCUAGAGAAGGGUCAAGAGAAGGGUCUGGAGAAGGUCGGGUCUGUGAUCGUCGAGUCAGGACCGUGAGUAACACCCACGCCACUCUCUGUAAAUCAUCAGAAUGUUGGACGCUCCUUCGUUUUUACACCGGUGUUCUCCUCUCUCCCUCUCAGCUGGGUGGGUUACGAUCGGCACGGGUUCACAGGGGAGCAGUUCAUUCUGGAGAAGGGCGAGUACCCACGCUGGGACACCUGGACCAACAGUCAGAGGAGCUUCUCACUCUUGUCUCUAAGACCCCUCAAAGUGGUGGGUGAACAGACAAUCAAAGGUUUAAAGGAAAAUUUCACUUCAAUAGAGGCUUUGGAGACAGUUGUUGGGUGUGUCCUUGUGUCUGUUUGCUCCUCUGUAGGACAGCGCUGAUCACAAACUAACCCUGUUUGAGAACCCCGAGUUCACCGGCAGGAAGAUCGAGAUCGUGGACGAUGAUGUUCCCUCUUUGUGGGGUCACGGUUUCCAGGAUCGUGUGGCGAGCAUCAAGGCUCUAAACGGAACGUAAGAUCACCUUUAAAUCACAGUUUCACCUCUUCUGUGACGGCACAUUCAUAAAACUGUGGGUUAAUCUAAUUUCUCUUUCCUCCAGAUGGGUGGGCUACAUGUACCCUGGCUACAGGGGGCGCCAGUUUAUCUUCGAGCGAGGAGACUUCAAGCACUGGAACGACUGGGAGGCCCCUGCGCCUCAGAUCCAGUCUGUGAGGCGUGUGCGGGACAUGCAGUGGCACAAAAGAGGCUGUUUCACCUCUCCUGACCCGGCUCCCGCUCCUACUCCCAACCCCAACCCCAACCCCAACCCUAAUCCUAACCCCAACCCCACCCCCAACCCCAACCCCAACCCCAACCCUGAACCAGCACCUGGACCAGACCCCGACCCAGCACCUCCUGCUCCACCUGCUACAGCCGGAGCCAGUUGAGCGGGAUCCUCGCAGAGUCUCCACACUGCCGACAGUGCCUCCCCCUCUCCGCCUCCACCUAACCAUGGCAAACGCUGAGUGUGCCCAGUGAGGAGUGCCAUGUUUGUUACAGUGGCGAAUAAAACUUGUUUGACCUAGAGUCGGCCCUGUUUGUUGGUGAUGUAACUGUAAGUAAAGGUGGAAAUGGUUUUAACUGAAAGAUUAAAGAGAGAUGAUGAAAAAAAACACUGACAUCUUUGUGGAAAUUAUGUAAAGAUUCUUCCUUUGAGACGAGCUGCAGAUGUUGUUGGAUUUGAAGUCGUCUGUGCUGCUUUUUAAAUGCCUGUUUACCCCCAUCUUAGACAUUAGACAGCCAAAAAUGCCUCAUCCAGCUUUAGGAGGACAACAUGAGUUAUUCAUUCAAAAUGUACGAUCAUCAACAUCUGCUACACAGUGAUGGAAGUGAUGUCAUACUGUAUGUAUGCUUGCCAUUAAAAACAGAUUCCCUGCAUUCCCAACCAUAGUAAUCACUGUGCAUUUAUUACAGAUCCUCCAGUUUAUUCAAACAACAUAAUCUCUCAUUAUGCUUCUUACAUGAUAACUUAGUGUAGAAAUCCUCUCACUCCUUAUAUGCAGUUUUCCCUUCCAUGUAAUGAGUGAUAAACAAACUCUAUCAGCUGUGAUCUUCAACUACCAUCCAGUCCUGGGUCUGCAGAAGCUUAUUUACCUGUAAUAGUAAUAAUUAAAGUUUAAUGAUAGAUUUUUUUAGUGCACAUUAAUCCGUUCUCAAUUAUCUAUUUUGACAAACUUUAAAAGCUUUCUGCAACUUAGUCCAUGACAGAGCCCUUGUCAGCUUACAACAAAAGCAGCUUCCUCUGACUGAGGAAUUCAGAUUUUUACACAUCCUGUAUGCAGUCGAGAAACAGACCCCCCCCGCCCACUAACAUCAUCUCACAAGUGGCAUUAUAUUACAACAGUAUCCAAACAGGGCACAGGUUGCAGCUGUGGUCUGUACUGGGAGAACAAAGACAGCUUAGUUCAUCAUCAGGUUCCUGCUUAUCAGUUCAAUGUCACACUGUUGGGAAAACAACCUGUGAGUGAAAUUAUAGCGUUCAUGUAGUCGCAUGGCUUCAGUGGAAAAGUAUCAGUCCCGACUCCAAGGUCAUACUUCUCCUUUCCGAUGCUCAUUAAAAAGAAACAGAUAUGACUGUGAAAGCAUUCACACCGAGUGAGUUUCAGUAAAUGAUGAUUAACAUACUUAUAUAAUGAUAAAAUACACACGUGAUAGCAUACACAUAUAAUCUUUCUUUCAGCCCUUCUCCUAUUAAAACCUGUGAGCCUUCAUUAACAGGAGGUGAACAUUCAGGCUUUAAACAGCUGGUUUUACUCGAUUUUACCACCUCUGCGUUGAAGGCAGAAAUAACCGACCACACAGGGAUAGGAAGAAAAACAAGCUUGUACUCAGAGGCGGCCUUUUCUUGCAUCCUAAGACCAAAAUAAGAAAACAGACAUAAACAGUCACCGCUGACUUUAAGAAGAGCACCUCUUGAUCGUGUCAAAAUACUCAAAAUGGGAUGUAUAUGUAAAAAAAUCUACUGUAUUUGAAGACGCUAUAAACAGCCCACGAAACCAGAAACCACAGGAUCACAGAGACGGAUAGUUUUUUCAAACUUUUCCCCAACAGGCAUCUUUCUAAUCUUCCCACAUCUAAACAGAGGUCUGUGGAGUUCCCCUGAAGCUGGUCAGGUGUCCUUUUGCUUUCUUAAGGCUGAAACUGUACUGCACCGUGACAGGGAUCAAGAUAAGAAGUUCUCUAUUUUGAUGUCUCUGAAAUUGACUGAAAUUCUUAUUGAUGCUGUUUAUGACAAACAAAAGGAAACAAGACCAUAAAAAACACAACUGAAGACAUUCAAGAGGGAGGAGUCAGCCAAACAGCUAAAGAAACAGGCCUGGGUUUACACUUUCAACUCGAGUUACAACUUCAGCAUGUAGAGGACAAGAUAAGCACAGGCUGCUUUGUCCACAGGGGGCGCCAAAGUUGACUCAAACAGAAAGUUCCUCAGAAGAUCUUUAACCAUAAGAAUAUCAAUUUUAUAACUCACUUUAGAAAAAAUUGGAGCAUGGAUUAGCAGUAAUAGAAGCAACAGUAUGAUUGUUUUGCACGUACGUGAUGCUGGGUAGCAAAGUUUCAGAAGCAGGAUCACACUUCAACUGCUCCUCCUCUUUCAGGACUAUCCCUUUCCUCCCCAUUGCCCCCUAUCCUACCCAAAGCUGUGGCGAACCCCUUUUUAAAACCCCCAAACCCUAAAUCAAAUCAACAUUCGCAAAAGUACAACAUCAAAUUCAGAAUAUCUUUCCAGUGUGCCGUAAAAUAAUUCAGACUUUAAAUCAGUGUGAUGGUUAUUUUCAGUGUGUCCUGAUACUUCAUAAUGUUCCUCACAUCUGUCCAUCGACUGUCAUCUACAUUAUCAAUAUGUACAGAUAAAUGAACCCUAUUAGAGGCUGAGAUGUAAAGCCUCAGACUUGCACCGUGAUGUUGACUUAUAUUGAAUAUUCAGCAAAACUGGCAAAUACAGAAAACGGUUCAUGCAGCUAUGAAGUCAGACUAAGAAACACAAGUUUGGAGCUGUAAAAUGUCAAACAGAAGUAGAGAUAAGUUGUGACGUUAGAUCGUAAGAGUGGUAAAGAAUUUAUUGUAGAUAAAUCUACAAAGUCAAAGUCCUCCAGUUGAAAGUUUCAGCCUCAUUUGGGCUGUUAUCGGGAUCAGCCUGACUCUUUCUGACACAGUGAACCCAUCUUUUACAAUCCUUCCCUCUCUGUCGGCUCAUUGUAGGUGCGGGACUCUUGGCACUGUUUGUGCUGAAUCAUGUGGAUGUCGAACAAUAACCGGCUGGACAAAACUGACAACUAAUGGAAUAACUUAGCGGGACUGUGACACCCCCACACUCCAGGGUGGGGGCAGACUACAUGGUGACCCCCUCACUUCAGUGUGCUGGGCCUAUGGCGGGCCGGUCUGCAGCCUGCCGGGACUCUGCGGGUACUGUUGGCAGAGUUUCCACCCCUGGGCGUCCCGUAUAUAUUGAGCCCGUUGUGCCAUCACAAACACACUGGCACAGACAGGCACUGGUAAGAGGUUCAUGUUCACCAUGCUCUAUUUUUUUUAUUUUUUUUAUAUUUUUUAAGUAUUUUUUAAUUGGUAUUAUUUUAAAACUAUUACAAGUUAGUCCAAAAACAGUGUCACAUUAUUUUAUUGCUGUAAUUUUCUGAUUAAAAGACGAUAAAUGUCAUAUUUAAGAUACAGGGAUGCAGAACCUUUAAAAGACAGAUAUCAGCUCAUUUGGUUUGUGUCUUCUCAGUCGUCUUUCCCGACCCACUAUGGCCACAGACCAUCAGAUUCCUGCAUCCAAGCAGCAGCAGCCAGGCAGCAGUGCAUUAAAGGUGAGACAAUAAAUCGAUAUUUAAACUUCAUGGACUCCCUAUGAUUGUGUUUCUAUUUACAUGUCUUUGUUUUGUUUUGCACAGCUAAUCAUCUAUGAGCAGGAAAACUUCCAGGGACGGUGCCACGAGCUGACUGGUCCCUGUAACAACCUCAAGGAAGCAGGCGUGGAGAAAGUGGGCUCCAUACUGGUGCUGUGUGGACCGUGAGUGUGGGUCAGAGACAGACAGAGAACCAGAAAAUUAUUUCGAAUGUUGGACAAGGAAGUAGAGAAAGAGGGGGGAUCUUCUUUAACUGUAACUCUGAAACUCUCUCCUCCCUGGUUUAGAUAAGAAAUCAGUCUCCCGCCUCCAACUAGCUCAGAAUGCAGCAGCUCGGCUUUUAACUGGUUUUAGUCGACGGCAUCACAUCACUCCAAUUUUAGCCUCCCUUCCUGUCAGUUUUAGAAUUGAUUUCAAGAUUUUAUUGAUUACUUUUAAGGCUCUUAAGGGACUUUCUCCAAGCUACAUUUCAGAGCUUUUGAUAAAGCCUCAGAUCCUCUGGCGAAGGCCUCCUGGUCCUUCCAAAGUCGAGACUCCAAACUAAAGGUGAUAAAUAAGUAAGUAAGUAAACUUUGUUUGUAUAGCACUUUUCACAGACCAAAAACUCACAAAGUGCUUCACACAGACAAAAAUAAAAAUGUCAGGACAACAACUUUAAACAGUAGCCCCCAAUAGCAGCCCCAAAACAAUUAAACAAAAGCCUGAGCAAAUAAAUAAGUUCUGAGUUGGCUUUAAAGGAGUCAACAGAGUCAAUUAGGAAGAUCAUUCCAAAGCCUGGGGGGGAACAGCCUGGAAGGAUGGAUCUCCUCUGGUCCGAAAACGAGUGUGCAAGAGGGCCCAAGAGGGGGUGUAAGGCUGGAUCAGAUCACAAAUGUAAGAUGGAGCCUGAUAGAUCUUUCUCCAUCAGAGCUCCUCGACUUUGGAACGACCUGCCGGAGGAGAUAAGGCGUGCAGAGACAGUGAGAUUUAAAAACUCACUUUUACAGACUUGCUCUUAUGUGAUGCUGUCUUUUAUCUCUUAUCUCUUUUACCUCCAUCUUAUUUCAGCUUUACUGUCUUUUUAGCUUUUGUUAAACUUGUACUCUUUUCUAAAUUAACUUUUCAGGCCUUUUAUUGUCCUUGUUUCUGUUGCUCUAUCUUACUAUUACUAUUAUUAUCAGUAUUACUUUAUUAUUUUAUUAUCAUUGUUGAUAUUGUCUUUUAUAUGUUUCCGCUUUCAACCCUCCUUUUAAUUGCAUUUUCUUUUUUCUUAACUACUUCAUGUUUUUAUUUUGGUCCUCAUGGUCUCAUUUUAUGUUUCAUGGUUCUUGUAUUGUCUUAUGAAAAUGGCCUUCAACUCCAUUUUAACUGAGCUUUUUGUUUUUAUGUGUCUUUUUCCAUGUGCUCUAUGACUACAUGUCAAAGCACUAUGUAAACUUCUUAAGUUAUUAUCAUUAUUAUUAUUAUAACUUUGUGAAUGAGUAGAGGAUAGAUGGAAGGAGACCUGAAGGAUGUGCCCUUACUCCGUCUCUUUCUCCUCUGUCUUCUCAGAUGGGUGGGAUACGAGCAGACAAACUGUAAGGGGGAGCAGUAUGUGUUUGAGAAGGGGGAGUAUCCUCGCUGGGAUUCCUGGACCAACAGCAGGCGUAGUGACACCCUUGCUGCAUUCCGCCCGAUUAAAGUGGUAAGACAGCAGUUUUCACCCUGACGUACCCCAAGAAUCAUCCCAUUAGCUGAUUAAAAAGUCUUUUAUCGAGUCAACGUCUUUCCUCGCCUCUCAGGACAGCCAGGAGCACAAGAUUGUCCUUUACGAGAACCCCAGCUUCACAGGGAAGAAGAUAGAAAUCCUAGAUGACGACGUGCCCAGCUUUCACGCACACGGAUACCAGGAGAAGGUGUCCUCCGUGCGGGUUCAAAGUGGCACGUAAGUCACUCCUCUUCUGUGAUAAACUACUGCAUGUUUUUUGCCACUACUCCUCUAACAGUCUCUCUGAUCUGUCUCCCCCUCUCUGUGUUCCUGCCGCACCAGCUGGGUAGGCUAUCAGUACCCAGGCUACAGAGGCUUUCAGUACCUGUUUGAAAAAGGGGAGUACAAAGACACAGCUGAAUUCGGAGCCCAGAUGCCUCAGAUCCAGUCCGUUCGGCGCAUCAGAGACAUGCAGUGGCAUCAGAGGGGUGCUUUCCACCCCGUCAACUAAGCUUGUGACUCUUUCCUGUCUCGACCUCUGACCUCCCCAGCCUCUCUCCCCUUCUGCAAUAAACCUUCUGUGUCCUACAUUUGCACAACACAG